GGCCUGCAUACAUUUGGAGCUUCACAGGUGGCAGUACCUAAGAAAGCAGAUCGGACCAGUCUGAGUUCACAACCUGAUGACACACCCAGGGAGCUGGUCAGAUCUGAAGACCACCAGGAUGAUGGUUUAGAGAGCUGCCCAAGUUUAGGAAAUUUGAAGUCUAAGUUUGACGGUCCAGGUGCCAAAGCUCCCCCUCCACCACAGGUGAUGGCCACUAAGAAAUCGACUGGCCCCAAGGCUAGUGGACCAAGUAGUGUUUCCUCUGCUAGUUCCCCUAGUGAACAAGGAACGCCUUCAAGUGGUGAGGAACGUGAACUUUUACGGGAAAAUCUUGGGGAGAAGGAGGAGGUAAUAAACAAUGGUGACAAAGAUACUGAAGAGAGUAAGAUCCACUUUGAAGGGAUGAAGGACAUCAUGUCCAAGUGGCAGACUGGGGAUGUCAUCAGAGGUGAAGGGUCCUAUCAACGCGAUGCCACAGAUUUAGACGAAGUGAGAAAGGCCAAGUCAGCAGGCUCAUUUAAGUCCAAAUUCGAUGCCCCUGGCAAUAAGCCGCUAGCGUAUGAAGCCUAUGUUCCAGUGGUAAAAGAAAAAGAAGAACCAGUGCAACAGAUAGAGAGACCAAAACCUGUGAAUGUUGAUAUGGAAGAUAACCAUGAAGCUGAGCUCCCUCCUCCUUCCCACACCAAGAAUCUACUGGCAAAGUUCAAAGAGAUCCAGACAGGAGGGACAGUACCCACUUAUGAUAGGAAGCCCCCUAAAAGAAUUACUCCUCCACGUGAAGAUCAACAAUUGGCCCAUCAAGAUUCGGAUGAAGAAAAUGAGGCUCCGCAAGAUCCAAAUCUGGUGCGGUCUGGGGAUAAAGCAAAUGCUGAGGAAGCACUACCCCCUGCUGGCUUUGCAAAAAAUUUGCUUGGAAAAUUCCGAUCAUUGGAAGAACAGGCUGCAAACCAGCCACCACCAACUCCAGAACGGACUAAACAAACUCAGAAAUUUGCAGUGAAUGCUCAACGGACUACUUAUAAUUAUUCUGCAUUUGUCGUAGCUCCUGCAGUAAAUCCCGACAAGCCGAGAGAGAAAACUCCAGAGUUUGAGGCAGGCAUCUUUGAGAACAAGCCAGUGAAAACAGUGGAGGAUUAUGAGCAGCAAAUUGAAAGUGGGGAAUAUGAGAGCAAUCCAGAGGUGCAGGAUGGAGUCGCAAGAGAAGGCAGCCGCAUUGUGGAAACUGAAUUUCCAGAAUAUGGCUACACAAAAAAUGUUCUUGCCAGGUUCAAGAGUAUGCAAGAAGAAGCAGCCAAGAAGGAGUCAGAGAAUGUUGUGUUGAGAAAGAAGUCUGAGGUGUCUGAGAAGCCUAAGCCAGUGAAAGGUGGUGUAACUAGAACCUCGCUAUCUAAAACGCCUCACUCUGAGUCUCGGGACAGUGUGCAUAGCGUGGAGAGUUUAACUAAGUCAGACUCGAGUAGCCUGGGCAGUAUUCCUGAUAGAUACCAUCAGGAGCAUGGUCAAAACCAUGGCGAGGUGGUCAGAGAGGUUGACCGCAAUGAUGAAAAUGAGCUCCCCGAACAUGGACUGACCAAAAAUCUGUUAGCAAAAUUCAAAACCCUAGAACAUGACAACCCUGAUGUGCCUCUGCCUACUACGCCAAAGUCUUCUUCAGAUGUCACUCGACUGACGCCACGAGAAGUGCGUAUUUCCUCUGCCUCUCAUGCUUCUUCUCACUGGAAACACGAUGACGCUCACUCGGACACAAGUUCUAUCACCAGUGACCACCCCCCAAGAGAUUCCAUGACAUACAGCAGUGACAGUGGUCAGUAUGAAGACUCCCCUGACCACUCACAGAAGGACAUCAUGUAUAAUGCUGACAGCAAGGAGGAAGAUGACCUGCCUCCCCCUAACAUGACCAAGAACCUGCUGGCUAAGUUCCAGGGACUGGAGGGAUGAGUAAAGGCAGAGGAGACAGAGCACCCCACGAGAGCGUGUUGACUCAGAAGGCGAUCGCUGAAGACAACAAAUGAAUUUCACAGUGGGAAACUAUUUAGACAGCCUCACAACAGUUAUAUAGCAAAUGCUUGCCUGUGUACUCCAAUGUCCAAGCACAUCAGGAUGAAGAUAUCUCAGUCAAUGGUGGAUGAAUGGGCCUUCCUAUUGAAUUUGUGUAUAUAUACAUUUACAUUUCUCUAAAACUUGAUCACAAAUAUAUGUACUGAGUACUCAUACCACUUAGGUUAGAAUAUGGUAAGAUAAAUGUGCCUCUUAUUUCGAGAUAUAUAUGUGGACUCUCAUUUCAUCAUUUUCAUUUAAAGUAUGCUGAUAAUUAAUAAUUUUUGGAUGGUGAGCUUCAAACAAAAAAUUGUCGUAUGAACGGAGAGAUAGUAACAAGGAAAAAUUUUGUUGGAACUUGAAAUUUAGAUGUAACAGAACAUUUUUAGACGAAUAAUACUUUUUAUACAUAAUCCUAACUUGACAAAUCUUCCUAGAAGUGUAGCCAUGAUAACAAUAUGUCCUUCUUAUCCCUUGUGUCUGUGCCUGUUUAUAAACAUAUGCCUUAGUAUAUAUGCUAGCAUGCCUUGAUGAUUCAAUUCAUUAUGUGAUGGUAAAGGUGGAAAAUAAUGUGCUUAAUAAUAUCAGGUGUAAUUAUUAACAUGCUUUAAAUAUGUGAACAAAUACAGAUACAGUAUAUAGUUUCAGAUCUGGUAUUUCUUGUACUGUUGGGUGUAUCAUGAUGGCCAGGAAGGUGCUCUGUGUGCAAAAUUGCAACAUAGCUAUGCAGCAAUAAUUUGUAUUUAUUUUUAACCAUGUCAGCAAUUAUUGCUUUUUGGUUACAGUAAUCAUGCAUAAAUACUGUUAUGAGUUAAUUUUUGUGUAAAAAUUUCCUGUCAAGUCACUAGUACAUUUCUGAAUAUUUAUUUGAUUACUACAUACAUAUUGGUAUCUUUGCUUCCUCUAUUUUUUUUUCUUAAAUGUAUUCAAGUACUAAUCAAGACAGACUUUAAAUGAUAUUAAGAUAAAAUAUUGAAGUUAGAAAACUGGUUUAUUAACAUUUCCAAUUACUAAAAGUAAUAAGAGGCAAACUUUGUUUUAGAUUAAGAUAUUAUGUUGAUUAAAAAAAAUUAAAAAUUUUGGCAAGGUAUUUCAAGUAAUAUGGAUCGUGUUAAAGUUAUCAGAACUACUAUGUUAAAUGUACUUUGAAGAAUCAGCAUGUUUUGCUUAUCACAUACUUUAUGUAGAAUCACAGUCAUAUUUAUUGAUCUGGUAAGUCAUCCUGUGACUGUUUUUUGCACAGAUUAAAUUUUGGGGUUCAUAUUUAGUUAAUAAAUUUUUCUUUCAGAAUGAAGACAGUUCUGUUUAUGUUUUUGAUAUUGUUUUUAUUAUAUAUUCAAUCAGUUGUCUCAUUUUAUUGUUAUCUAUAGUUGAUUUGUAUACGACAUUACAUAAUUAUUAUUAUCAUCAGAUACAUCGUGUUGACUGCUUGGACUAGAAAUUAAAUGUUUUAAAGGUUG